AUGAAGCAACACCUGGUAGUUGCAUGCCUUUGCCUGCUAGCAUCUGUGGAUGGAAGCGCGCCUCUGCUAGCCCGUCCGGCCCCGGUCCAACGCGCUGGUUUCAUCGUCAACGAGGGGGGUUCCAAGAUCGUCAGCGGCGACAGCAGCAGCAGCAGUGGUAGCAACGUUGUUACCGAGGAGGCAGCAGCAACACCCGAGCGGCCGAGCUUCGUGUCGGUGGGCAUCCGCAGCGGCUGCGCCAGGGAAAAAGCGGCCACGACGGCGACCCUGCGGAAUAAAGACCGUGCCGGGACCUCGGCGGCGAGCCGGCUGCGAGGAGGGUCGACCUGGAUUCCCAACCCGCCAGUGAUGGUGAGGGAAUCGGACACAACGCCCAAGACGCACAACAGCGCCGCCGAACCCGUCAGCUCACACCCGCCUACAGGAGCCAGCGGCAGCAGCAGCUGCCACAGCAGGCAUGGCGCCGAGUUCGCCGUCUCGAAGCAACGCAUCGUGGACGACAGCGAUAGCGAUACCGACUCUUCAUUUGUCGAGGACGAGGACCAAGGCGGCGUCGCUGGUAGCGGCGGGGGCGGCGGGGGUGGGAGGGUUGGCGCGCUGCCGUCGUUCCCUCGGACUCUGCCCGCCACUCACGGCAAGGCGCCGUUCAACAAGAAGUUCGCCUGGGUGCCCUGAAGCGGCGACCGUGUGUCGUGGACAUGGAAUCGUGUGUGUGCGGGGGCCCUUCGCUGAUGUGUUUCGUUGUCGUUUUGUCACCUUUUAUGUAUUUUUGACUUGGGCAGGAGUAUCAUAGGAUACUCGAUACCUUGGGGGUAUGUGAGGAGCGCUUGCUUGUCUUCUGGAGCUUGUUUUGGUUGUUGUUCGAGAGUGGGAGGGAGAGAUGAGCGGGGGUCGAUGAUCGAGUUAGAGCGGGUGCGCUGCUGCUGCUGCCUCCCCCCGUUCGCCCUCCGCCAUGUGUUGUUUUCGGCAUGUGGUAUUGGUGGCGCGCACAUCGGUCAUGGUGCUCUUUGCUGUACCGGAGCGCUGUGGACUACCUGCUUUUUUGGAACGCUCCUCGUGUAAGCGUCUUGAUUAUUAUGUCUCGCGCGCAAACGAACAAAGUUGUUGCUGGUCGUCGCGAUUGAUUUAAGGAUUUAUUCUGGUAUGCAGAGCCAGUGUUUGUCUAAUUUGUGUCGAGGCCGUUUACGCACACGUACGUACAUUUGCGGCGACGUACAUGUGCUCUCUGGAAGCACGGGAGGACUUAUGGAAGAGUUGGUGGAUCAUGGCAUGUUGCUACUUAGGCAGUGUCUUAUCGCAGCUGGCACUAGCAUCCCGGCAAAGCUUUGAUACCCAACCAUUAAGAGUUUUACGCUCGACGUCUUUUCGGAGCAGUAGCGAAGGAAAAAGGGCCUGAUUGAUGGGGGGUGGGGGGAGAGAAGCAGGUUCACGCUAGCUACACCAGUUGCGAGAGGGAGCGUUCAGAUUUGAGGCGAUGGACAGUUUCGUCCAUGAUAGUUGCCUGUGCUUGUCUCACGGGGGAUGGGGGGUGACGAGAGGUGAGAGAGCAGAGAGGGCAGGUCGGGGGGGGGGGGGGAGGGCGAGUAGUGGUGGUAUAGAUGAAGUCAGUUGGCGGGGGGGGGGGGGGGAGGCGGGCUCGACAAAGAGGCGUUAUCACUGGGGGAAUGAAGCAGCGAAGAACGAGGUAUGCGGUACCAAGAGCGUGUGGAUCGGGGUGCGGGAUAACCAGGCCAACGAAUAUGUUCGACGCUUGGGUAGAAGGGAUACAGAUUCGACGUUGCAAGCAGUGAUGGCGGUGAGGCCAACCGAUCGACCCGGCCCAGCGAGCGGGGGCUUCGCUCUGGGGGCUGGUAAGGGAGGGGUAGUAGGGUAUAAAAGUACAAGUAGUCAUUUCAUGGGCACAUAACAUUCGUGACCUCGGUGUAGAGCUGUAUCGUUAGUACAGGCAGGCUGCUCCUCCUUGGCGCGCGAUUUUUUUAUGUUACCUGUGUUUCAGCGUAUGAGCGCACCGUGAGUAUGAUUGGGAAACAUGAACCACUUGUGGGGAGUCUAAAAGACUCGGCAUUUUCUUGUUUCCGAGACAUGGCUUUUGCGUGGAGAGUGUGUGUGGCAAGGGACAGCAGUUGUGCUUUCGGGUGUCUCGCAUUCUGUUGUGUUCAUGGUUGAGCGUGUGUUUUGGGGCCGUCUUGCGUUGCGUUCGGGCGGUAUCUAGUCGGUACAUUCAUUUGCAAGGGGGCAGAGCCAAAUAAGUAGGGAGUCGUCCAGCUGGCGCGCCACUCCCUGC